AUGUCAAAACAUAUUGGCCAUUCUCCCGUCGUAUCACAAGGUUUGUUUUUUUUCUACAAAAAUGAUUCAACAAAAUUUUGAGAAAAAUGGGCGUGUCGUUUUUUUCAAAACUUUAAAUUUCACAACAAUUAAAUAUCAUUGUUGGUUUUCAAAUUUGAUUCUUAUUGAAAAUGAGCUUAUAUUUCAAAGUUUACCAAACAAGUACUUGUAAGAUAGAUUUUUUUAAAUACAAUUUAAAACAUUUGAAUAAUUGCAGCUGGUGGAGGACUUUCAAAAGUAAUAGUUAUUCCUGCUCAACAAGGUCAACAACAACAGCAACAAGCACAACAAGUUUAUCUACUUCAACCAACAAAUACACAAGCUCAUGGCCCACCUGUAAGUUUAUACAUUUAUGUUCAAAUCCUCAUUAAUUAUAUUUUUAUUACAGGUCACUUUCAUUCCUGUACAAAUUCCAUCAGAUAAAAAAUCAAUGACUUUACUAAAUCAAAUGCAACCAAGUGGAUCACAUCAUAUGGUAAGUCAAAAACUGAUAUUUACAUUUUUCAUUCAAGUAAGCGUUUUUUCGAAAUAAUUCGAAUUAUUUUUUCAGCUUGAAACAAUUGAUUCUGGUCAUCGAGAUGGUCCAGGUCAAAUUCAAUCAGCUCCUCAACAAGUUCCGGUCACAAUUCAAUCAAAUGCUAGUACAAGUAUGGCUCCACCAAUUCCAACUGGAAGUGGACAAGCUGGUGGACAACAGAGAAUUACACUUGGAAAUCUGCAUUUUCAACAAGAUCCAAAUGAUCCACAAAAAUGGAUUAUUACAAAUGAAGGUGCACCAACUACUCAACCACAGGUAAUUAUUAUUUUUGAAAAGAGAUUUUCAAGAUUAAAUUUGUGGUGUUGACAUAAUUUAAAGAAAUUGACUCGGAAAAUUAACCAAACAGGGUAUAUGAUAAUUUCUCAAAUAUUUGCAAAAAUCGUAAUUCUUGAAAUUUGAACCGAAUUCGCGGAAAAUUUCGAAAGUAUUUUUAAAUUGAUUGGAUAUCCAUUUUUUAAUCACCGACCCGUUCUGUGAAUAAUAUAAAUCAACCAUUUUGAAUUUGCGAAUCCUUUUCUAUCAAUACACGUGUUUCCCUUUUGAAGAAUCAUUUUAAUAAGAUUCUAACCAAUUUCGCAUUUUCCAAACUUUCAAAUAGCACUUCUAUAAAGUUAAUAAAAUGUGCAUUUUUCAGCAACCUCAAACUCAACAGGGAACAAUAUUAGUUGGUAAUCAUGAUCGAGUAGGCGAUCAAACCCUUCUUAAUAUGAGCAAUGAUUAUGAUAUUAAUAAUUCAAUUCAUGAAACUCCGAAAAGAUGUGCUUGUACGUGUCCAAAUUGUUCAGGGAAUAAUCGAACGUAAGUUUAAUUAACUUUUUGAAAACUCAAAAUUAGUUCGUUUUUUUUUUCAGUGGUGACGGAAAAACUCGUAUGCACGUGUGUCAUAUUUGUAAUAAAACUUAUGGUAAAACGUCACAUCUUAGGUGAGUAGUUUUAACAUUUUUGUUUUCAUAUUUUUAUAGAAAUUUUUCAGAGCUCAUUUACGUGGACAUGCUGGUAAUAAACCAUUUGCUUGUGAUUGGCAACAUUGUAGUAAACGAUUUACAAGGUUAGUUGAUUUUGUGUAGAAAAAAAUCAAGUUUAAUUUGAAAUCUUUGCAGAUCAGAUGAACUUCAACGGCAUCGUCGAACACAUACAGGCGAAAAACGUUUCCAAUGUAGUCAUUGCGGCAAAAAAUUCAUGAGAAGCGAUCAUUUAACAAAACACGAAAGAACACACACAACAAAUCGAAUUUCAACAAUAAAUGUGAAUCAGGUUCGGAUAACCUAA